AUGCUGGAGUGCAUCGGUCAUUUCAGGGUCCUCCUCGGCGAUGCCAAGCGGGCCGAGCCUCGCCCUCGGCAGCUGCAGCAGAGCGACAACGCGCCCUCGACAGCCAGCCCCAAGGCGGCGCCCAAGCAGCCACACGUCCUGGAAGCGUGGCGGGGAUACCACAAGUGCGUCAACUGCGGCAAGGACCCACUUUGGGCGCCAGUGGCAGCAGCCAGGGCAGCCUUGCGCAGGAUGGAGGCACUGCCAGACGGACCUGGGUGUAUGGGCGUACCGCCCCCCGAGCUCAUCCCAGAGCAGCACCACGUGAGGUCGACCAUAGACGACGCGGUGGUUUGGGCGUCUUUCUGGAUCGACAGGUUCGACCUGGACGACUACACCAAUGAGUGGGACUACCGCACGUGGUGCUCCGAGUACCUGGAGGUGUUCUUGGGUACCGAAGCCUGGGCCCCCGUCCGAGAGCACCUCCUUAGGAGCAACCCUGUGCGCACGCUGCGGCAGAUCGUCGACGACCUGUGUGCCACGUCCUGGACGAGGGCGGAGCCUGCUAGACAGGCACAGCUGGCCAGGAUGAGGUCCGACUCGGACUUGACCAGCAGACAGAGACGACGGCUCCUACGGCAUCACUUCGACGUGCUGCACCAGAUCAGGGUGCGCUUCAGGAGCUUGCUGGGGGACCGCGCUCCACCCGAAACAACUCAGUGGCAUCAGUGGGUCUUCGAGCCGCUGUCCUCGGGUUCCGACGAUCAAGGUGGAGAUGUGGCUGUUCAAGCCCAGGAGUAUGCCCAAGGCUACGACAAAGGCGAAGGGUGUGCGGUCCUCAGCGUGCACAGUGACAGGGUGUUCGUGGCAGCGGGCAUGCGGGAGUGUGUCGGCGCCGAUCGUGGUGGCGAGGACGAGCUCGCCUGCUCCCUGGACCUGGGCGGCGGCACGGCUACGGCGGGGACCUCGUCUUCGUCGGCGGCGGCUGUGACGCCCUCGGCGCCUGAGCGCGGGGCGCGCGGGCGGGCGGCCUCCGUCCAGCCAGCCUGCCGCGGGCAGCCUGCACCUGUGGAGCCACGGACGGCCUCGGCGGAGCCGCGGCCACACACCGUCGAGAUCGUCGGCACGUUCGUGGUGUGCGUCGUGUGCGGUUCGUACUACGGCUCGGUGGCCAGGACCAUCAGCGGACCCUGCAGGCUGCUCGAUCCCAAGGAUCCUGGGGAUCGUGAACGUCAGAGGCGGAUCCACCGCAUCAAGCGAGGCCAGGACCCAAAGACGGGCAAAGAUCUGAGGUGA